AGGACAGGAGAGGAGAGGAGAGCGGAAGAGAAAAGAAAAGAAAAGAAGAGAAGAGAUGAGAGGAGAGGAGAGGAGAGGAGAAGAGGUCCAGGGGUGAAUGGCGCCGCCGCCGCAUCUCUGGAAGGGUGCGCACGGUUUCGAUGAGUGACCCGCAGCAGCACCAGCAAGCCAAGCCCACCGGUGUCAGGGCUGAUAGCACCUAUAAAAAGCACGACAGCCAUUCUCUCAGCGGGUGUCUGUCACCAGAAUAUUGCUCGGCUCUUCCCACCUUCUCUGUGGUCGAGUUGCACGCCACCUACUUGGGAUUAUUUGCUCCCAUUCAUUUUCUACAUAGGAGCAUCAGCCAAUCGCCAUGUCUCACGGCUGGGGAUACGGACCAACUAACGGACCAGAGAAAUGGGCCGAAGGUUUUCCCAUUGCUAAUGGGCCGAGACAGUCUCCUAUCAACAUUGUCCCAGCUGAGGCCCAGUACGACUCCUCUCUGAAGGCUCUGAAACUCAAGUAUGACCCAUCCAACUCCCAGGGCAUUCUCAACAACGGACACUCCUUCCAGGUGGACUUUGUGGACGAUGCAGAUACUUCAACCCUGACUGGAGGUCCUAUUUCUGGGACCUACCGUCUGAGACAGUUUCAUUUCCACUGGGGAGCCAGCGAUGACAGGGGCUCAGAGCACACCGUUAACAACAUCAAAUUCCCCUGUGAGCUUCAUUUGGUGCACUGGAACACAAAGUACCCAAGCUUUGGAGAGGCAGCCAGCCAGCCUGAUGGACUCGCUGUGGUCGGGGUUUUCCUCAAGAUUGGUGCUGCCAACCCCAGGUUGCAAAAAGUUCUGGACAGCCUGGAUGCAAUCAAGUCAAAGGGCAAGCAGACCAACUUUGCUAACUUUGACCCAAAGACUCUUCUUCCUGGUUCUCUGGACUACUGGACCUACGAUGGCUCCCUGACCACACCCCCACUGCUGGAGAGUGUCACCUGGAUUGUCCUUAAGGAGCCAAUCAGUGUCAGCCCAGCCCAGAUGGCGAAGUUCCGCAGCCUGCUCUUCAGCGGUGACGGAGAGGCUCCCUGCUGCAUGGUGGACAACUACCGCCCCCCUCAGCCACUGAAGGGGCGUAAGGUCCGGGCCUCCUUCAAAUAAAGUCCUGUUCAUUGUCAUCGCUUCUCCCCCAUCCUGCCUAUCCUUCUUUCUCAUCAUCUCAUCACUACCGUUGUUUUCCAUCUGCUGCAAACUAAAAUUAUAUUUGUCCUACUGGCUUCAAAUCAGCAAGUAAAAAUCAUACGCCCCUUCUUUCCAUAACUAUUGGCUGAACCCAAGAGAAUGCUAAGACCCUUUAUUGACUACACUAAGAACAUUAAAGAUGUUUAAGCCUUGAUACAACUGAGACAUGGACUGUACAACUCAAGUCUGGUGUUGUAGUUGCUCGUGAGGAUAUUGUUGUACUUUCCUUGCUAAAUAAUACUAUAGGUGUGAAGGGCUAAUGGUCCCGGGAAAAUCUGACCCUGAAAAACAAUGAGACAGGCACAAUGCCUUCAGCCAUGGCCCCACCCCUACUCAUCUUGUCUCCUUAGCAUAUUAUGCGUUUUAUUUUCUACUGCCACAACUUGCACUUAAUAACUUAUGUAAAAUAUAUCUAAUUUAUAAUAUUUCUGUGUGCCAAUUUAGUUGGUAUUUAUAAUAGCCAACACCAGUCAAAUGUUAAUUGCAAAUAUUUUAAAUUUAUUUUUGUUUUAUUAUUGAAAAUUGUAUACAUACGCAUCAAAUUGUAUACACACAUGAAAAACAAAUCUCAAACUAUCUAAAUAUUAAAAAGAGACUCUUUAGGCAGCCAUAUAUUAUGGGAUUAUUUGUGCUAGAGCAGAUAGUAAUGCAAUCUGGUCAUUCUGCCUGCACACACACACACACACACACACACACGCAUCCCCUCUAAUCUCAUAUGAUGAUGUCAUUGCCAGAUUAUGAUUAUGGUCCGCUGUGGAUGGAUGUAAGUUACAUGCAGGGCUAGUGUUACUGAAUUUCUUUCCUCAGUUUUUUCAAUCUGUUCUGUAAAAGCACAGAAACAGCACGCUAUGCCUGCUUUGACAGCAAAAGCCUUUAUCCAUUUCCCAAUGCUUUUAUCUAUGCAUUUCAUUGUGUCUUGAAUUCUGUUGCUGACAGCUACUGAGAUUUUUGAUGCUCACAGUUUUAUUACUGCCACAUUAUGUCAAUUUGAAACAGAGGGACUAUAUUAACAGAAAAAAAAAGAAGUAUGGACAUUGGAUUUUGUCAGUGGUGACUACCAUCCUGCACCACAGCUGUCCCUGAGCAACUGGUGCCUCUAUGCAAGUUGAUUUUUAGAAGAGUGAACACGUCAAGAUGAUGAUGCUGGAAGAUAGUGCUACAUAUUAUCAGCUGAUUGUAUCGAUUUAGCCACCAAUCCUUUCCACCGAUAGCUUCAUAGCUUUAUGAAAGACAUGCCAUUCCAUUUUUUUAUUGCAACUAUGACAACUGAACUACCUAUCACCCCAGUGCAUUUAUCAUUAUGUCUUAACACUCAUUUAAGAGAUCAGAAUUAUGUUGGAAAAAAUAUUUUUGAUAAACAGCAUUAAAUUAUAACAAACUCACACAGGUGAGCGUAAUUCAUGACUUCCUUGUAUCCAUGGUUAAAGGAUUUUUUUUUUGUUCAUUUGUUUUUUUUUCUUUCUUUUAUUACUUGAAUUGUUUAUUCUUUGGUGAAAAUCUUGAAAUUCAAGUCAUUAUUUCACCCAAAAAGUGAUAGGAGACCAGCACAAUAUUUAUUUUUAGCUUUUAUAUUGAUGUUGUAUCUGAAAAAAAAAAAGCUUUUAAGAGCGUGAACACACUGAAACA